UCUAUUAGCUAAGUACCAAGGAGCUGUCCAUGGUGCUGCAGUUCUGGAGCCUGUUUAUGGGGGGCUGUGUAGCUUUAUAUAUGUAAGACUGUCCUGUAAACAGUAUACGUAUCAACUCCUGACGCCUGACGAACAACGUGACUUCAUUUUAGGAUGUGUAAACAAGCCCAAGUGGGAAAUUAAAGGGGAGCUAGUUUGUCAUAAUUAGCAGGAAAGUUAGGCUACGUAGCUGACGUCGUUUAAAUUCCAUACAUACGUUAUGCUGUUAAAUACGGUAAAGCUCGUUAAACCAAGUUACGCUACGUCAAAACAACAUAAGCUACUAUAUUAAAAAAACAGCCAGGUUUGAGAACAGCAUUAGUGUAUGUGAAACGUUAAUGUUUUAUGUUCGUACGUCGUAGUAAUAAUGCUAUGUUGUCGUUAGCUGCCUGGUUGUUAAAUUAGCGGUCCUCCUCGUGGAGCCGUGACUUAAUAAAUAAUGAAAGUGGACGGAGGGGAGCUGCAGCUGAUUUGCUGAUGUCAGGAGGAGCCAGUGCAGCAUUUCAUGGUGCAGGGUGGAAACAGCGCGCUGCCUGCCAUCUGCCUCCAUCGGCGCUCUCAAGCAAACCUCACACAUGCAAGCCCGGCUAGAAAGAUGCUGCCAACUCUCAAGAUUUGGGCAUUGUUUUCUUUGUCGCUCUGCUUCCUGUGUCAACCGGCUCAUCUGAAAAAGGCUUUCAAAUGUCCUUCAGCAUGCAGCUGCUCCAGGGAGUCUAUCAUUUGCGUCGGGUCCUCCUAUGUCCCAAGGAAUACCCCCAACGACAUCAGUUCUUUGAGCAUCGUCAAUGGGACUUUUUCCGAGGUCAAAGAGGCAAUGUUUGCGCACAUGCCAUCCCUCCAGCUACUGCUCCUGAAUUCUAAUUCUCUAACAACAGUAAGGGAUGAUGCAUUCUCAGGCCUUCCACAUCUGGAGUAUCUGUUCAUUGAGAGUAAUAAAUUAGAGACAACAUCCAAAUAUGCCUUCAGAGGACUCAGGGACUUGACUCACUUGUCUCUGGCUAACAAUAACAUAAAAGCCUUGCCGAGGGACAUCUUCAUUGAUUUGGACUCACUGAUAGAGCUGGACCUUCGAGGCAAUGCCUUUGAGUGCGACUGCCGCGCCAAGUGGCUGAUGACGUGGCUGAAGAACACCAAUGCCACAGUGUCAGAUGUCGUGUGUGCCGGACCCGAGGACAUGAAGGACAAGCGCCUCAAUGAUAUGACCAGCCUGCACAAUGAGUGCAUCUCAACGGAUUUCGUUCUCCAUCAGUCAAUCGCCUCAGAGUCUCUGUCAGUGGACACCUUCAGCUAUAAGAAUGAUGUCUAUGUGACUAUUGCUGCUCCGAGCACAGACAGCUGUAUGGUUUACCAAUGGGACCACAUAGAAAUGAACUUCAGGACAUAUGAUAACAUCACAGGUCAGUCCAUUGUCGGGUGCAAGUCGGUCGUCAUUCUGGACCAAGUGUUUGUCAUUGUGGCUCAGCUCUUUGGCGGAUCCCACAUCUACAAGUUUGAUGAGGACCAGAGCAGGUUCAGCAAGUUCCAGGACAUUGAGGUGUCAAAGAUCUCCAAGCCCAAUGACAUUGAGGCAUUCCAGAUUGGAUCUGAAUGGUUCUUUGUGAUUGCCGACAGCUCAAAAGCAGGCCUGUCAACCCUUUACAAGUGGAACGAUAAGGGCUUUUAUUCUUACCAGUCGCUGCAUGAAUGGUACCGUGACACUGAUGCAGAGUUCUUGGACUUGGAUGGGAAGGCCCACCUCGUCUUGGCAAGCCGUUCACAGGUACCCGUGAUCUACCAGUGGAGCCGGAGCAACCAGAAAUUUGUCCUGCAGGGCGAGAUCCCCAACAUGGAGGAUGUUGUUGCUGUGAAGCACUUCAGAAUAAAGGAGGAACUUUACCUUGCUAUGACGCGCUACAUCGGCGACUCCAAAGUUCUACGUUGGGGCGCCAAACAGUUUUCAGAGGUCCAGGCCUUGCCCUCGAGGGGGUCGAUGAUUCUUCAGCCAUUCUCUUUCAAAGAUCGCUACUACCUGGCUCUGGGAAGCGAUUACACCUUCUCACAGAUCUACUUGUGGGAUGACGACGAGAAACUCUUCGAACGAUUCAAGGAGGUCUACAUCCAGGCGCCACGCUCGUUCACUGUGGUCUCCACUGACCGCAGGGACUUCAUCUUCACGUCUAGCUUCAAGGGGAACACACAGAUUUUUGAGCACAUCAUCAUUGACUUGAGCUUGUGAGGGGCUCUGCCUUAUAUUCUUUUCUGCAAUCGAACGUCUUCCACUUAAGAUACAUUUUCAAAAGGAAAAAUGACCAGACUUCAUGAACUCUAAUGUUUUUGAUUCCUUGUUAUUGAUUUGCCAUGAGUAAGAGCUGGGUCAGUCAUGCUUGGAAACGCUUUGUUAGCAUCUUUAGGUAUUCUCCUGGAGAGUGGAAGGAUUUGAAGUACAAUUUGAUCUUUUGAUGUACAGAGUUCGUUGUGUUAAAGGUUUAAUACCCCUAAAAUACACCAAGACCUAAAAGAGAGAGGUGAUUUUACUUUGGAAGGUUUUACAGAUGUGGUUGGCCGUUACCUCAUGUCCUCAUACCCUGUGGUAAUGUACAGUAUGUUGCCUUAUCAGCACUGGGGAUCUGUGUUCUGAUGGGACCACAGUGCCUCCCUCUGGCCAUGAGAAAGUAUCACACCCCUUUGCUUUUUUUGAAACAGGGAAUGUCUUGAAAGCACAAACCUUUAACUAUUCCGAGUGAGACCCCCGCCUUUAGAGUGUAGUUAUUACGUGGAAAUGUUACUGUAGGUGCUAUAGAUGAUAUUACGUACAGUAAAUAAAAAAAGGAGUUUGUUGUUAAAUAUUCAAGGCUAUUACUAUUUCAGACAAACAUGAAUAGUGAUUCCCCAUUUCCAUGUAGUUAACCUUAUAGCUCAGUGUGCUAUUAGUGGAAAAGCAGAUAAAGCUCUUUAUCCAUAUAGUGUUCAGGUAUUGUCGUCAGGGAUUUAAAAAAUUGCAACAAGUUUAAAAAGUUGCCAACUUUUUUUGGGACAUAAUUUAACUUUGUUUUGGGCUUUAAUUCAAAAAAAGUCAACUCACAGCAGAAGUCAAUGAACUCAGAUUCCUAAGAUUUGGUAAGACAAGCUGAUUACUCUGUCUGAUAAAAGGGAACAAGAGGUUUCUGUACAUAAGUCAACUCAAGGUGAGGGGCCUUUUUGGUCCGUUUUUCUGUUCUUUAAAAAAAAUACUGAAUGUUAACCUACAAGCUCUGAAAUGUACAUAAAACAAGGCCUGCAAUGCCACUUCCUGUUUGCCACAGAAAAGUCUGAACAGAUCUUUGCACUUACUUUGAAAUAUUUCAAAUGUUAAUGCAGCUUGCAAGAGCAUGACAUACAAAAAAGGGUGUUUGCCAGAUUCUUUUUAUAGAUGAACCUAUCAGACUCAGAAGUCUUAAAAGUGCUUCUUUACUCUUUAAUUGAAUGGUACUGCAACUAAAAAAAAUAAUGUGAUGGAAUAUGCAAGCUUUACCACAUGAUGAUUAUUUUGUAAGAUUUUGUUUUAUGCAUAUUGAAUGUUACUCCCCAAAAAACACUGUA